GAGUAGGGAAAAGGACUUUCCCUCCCCUUUCGCUGUCUCGUGUCUCUCCAUUCCUUUCUCUCUCACGCUGUUCCAGAAUUCACCGUCGGUGAAAGGGCCGGACGCCGCCAGACCGCCGCUUCAAUGCUGGGCCAAGAAAUUUUGAUAACAAGGUGUGUAAAGUGCUAUUUUGUCUUUACGCUUUUUCGUCCAAUCCAGCGACGUAGUGCGUUGGGUUGACGCUUCAGGCCCCGUUCGGCGCUCUCUUUGCGGCGAUUGGUGCCUAGAGGACUGUUGCGCUUUGGAUCGAUGCUUCACGCUUCGGUUGGCGCUUGUACGGCGGCGACUGGUGUCUGGGUUCCCGGAGGACAAAUCCGUCUCCUGGGCCUAUCGGCUCGACAUUUCGGGCUCAUAUCAGUCCUCCCAUGGUGAUGACUGUUCCUGAAAGAUAGAUCUGGCGUCAUUCAGCGUCAGAUCUGACACUAACAGAGAACUGAAACGGUACUAUGUUUCCUUUUGUUUUGUAGAAGCAUUCUGCGUUGGAUGGCGCCAACCGGUGUUCCUACGUGCCAAUGCUGGCGGUGGCCAUACUGCCCUACCUUGGAUCCGCCUCGGUAGUUGUGAAUUUCCGAGCUAGGGCUUGCACUCUGAGGUCAAACCACGAAUUAGGGUUUUUUGAAGGUUCAGACAUUAUUGGCGUACCUCAUACAUAGGGGUUUGUGGAUGCAGUAAAUAAGCUUCUGAAGAAGCCUGUACGGUUUCAGACCCAGAUGGGCCAUUUGCUGAGCUUGUCCGUCAGGCCAUCGCCAUAAUGGAGCUGUGAUUUUCACUUGAUGCUUGGAGCUCUGGAAAUGUGAUAUUUUGUAAUUUUAGGUUUCUCUUUUUUAGUAGUAUUUUGGGUUUUUAUUGUUGCAUUAUCUUGUAUGUAAAUGGCCAUUAUUAAUUUUUGUUUUUUUAUUUAAUUUCUACUUAAUUUUAAUUUGUCAGAGUUAGGUUAGUGGUAGGCCAUAAUUUUAUUUUUAAUUUAUUGUUUCUGCUUUAUUAACUUGUUUUAUACCCAUGAUGAUAAGUAUGGUAGAUUAGUUUAUUUUUUGUUAUAUUUUUAGCCACGUCCUAGCAUUAGUUUAUUGUUUGAAUGUGCUAAUGGCCACAAUUUUUAUGGU